AUGAUGCCCUCAUAAAUGGCUGAUGAUAUUUCCUUGAAACCAACAGUGUAAAUGAUUGCUUCUGUCUCAUGAUCCCAACAAAAACAGAAAAACAAACUAGAGCUUCCAUCUUUUCUUAGUUUCUGCCCAGUUCUCUACAUGGCCUUACGUUUAAGCCCCUGUUCUCCUUCUUCUUCAGCUGCCUUUUCUUGCGCUUCGUUCGAUCACAAGACGUUACCGGCAAGAACGUCUUUAACGACCUGGUCGUAUCGGAGAAGUAAAAAUGGCGGGAAGUUCGAGAUCGAAGCGUCCAAUGCGCACCCACCGGGCGCCGUUUCAUUGCAGACUGAGGGUAUCCGGACACAAUCCUUUACCGCUAAUCCUGUUAAAACUCAAGAAAAAAAGAGUUCUCUGGCCUUUAUGGAACCACAAAAGGAAGAGUCAACUCUUAGCAUUGUUGUUAUUGGAGCUUCAGGGGACCUAGCAAGGAACAAGAUCUUCCCUGCACUAUUUGCUUUGUUUUACGAAGAUCAUCUCCCCGAGAAUUUCACAAUUUUUGGCUAUGGACGGAGUACAUUGACUCAUGAUGAGCUGAGGAAGUCCAUUAGCAAAAAUUUGACAUGUAGAAUUGACAAGAGGGAAAGCUGUGUUGAGAAAAUGAAUCAGUUCUUGAAGAGAUGCUUUUACCACUCGGGUCAGUAUAGCUCCGAGGAACACUUCCUCGAGCUCGACAAAAUUUUGAAGGAGAAAGAGGCUGGAAGACGUUCAAAUAGGCUCUAUUACUUAGCCAUUCCUCCAAAUCUGUUUGUUGAUGCGGUGCGAUGUGCUAGGCGUCGUGCUUCUUCCCUUAACGGUUGGACUCGUGUCAUUGUUGAAAAACCAUUCGGUCGUGACUUGGAGUCAUCCAGGGGACUGACAAGAAGUUUAAGGCAAUAUCUGUCUGAGGAUGAAAUAUUCAGAAUUGACCAUCACUUGGGCGAGGAGCUGUUUGAAAACCUCUUAGCACUUCGUUUUUCAAAUCUGGUAUUUGAGCCUUUAUGGUCCCGGAACUACAUAAGAAAUGUGCAACUAAUAUUCUCUGAAGAUUUGGGGACAGAGGGUCAAGGCAGAUACUUCGACGACUAUGGAAUAAUAAGGGAUAUACUGCAGAAUCAUCUAAUACAUUUACUAGCAUUAUUUGCAAUGGAAACACCUGUCAGCCUGGAUGCUGAGGACAUAAGGAACGAAAAGGUUAAGGUAUUACGUUCUAUAAAACCUCUGUGUCUUCAAGAUGUGGUCGUGGGCCAAUAUAAGGGCUGCAGUGAAGGGAAUGCAACAUAUCCAGCUUACACUGAUGAUCCAACGGUGUCAAAAAAUAGCCUCACGCCAACUUUUGCAGCUGCAACUCUCUCCAUUAACAAUGCACGGUGGGAUGGAGUUCCCUUCAUGAUGAUUGCGGGCAAAGCUCUCCAGUCAAAGCGUGCAGAAAUCAGAGUGCAGUUCAGGCAUGUCCCUGGUAAUCUGUACAAUCGGAACUUUGGAACUGAUUUGGAUAAGGCUACGAACGAGCUCGUGAUUCGAGUACAGCCAGAUGAAGCUAUCUACCUAAAGAUCAACAAUAAGGUUCCAGGCCUCGGAAAGAGAUUGGAUUGCAGUGACCUGAACUUGCUUUUCAAAACGAGGUACCCGAAUGAAGGCCCCGAUGCAUAUGAGAGGCUCCUCUUGGACGCUACAAAAGGAGAGCAUCGACUGUUCAUCAGGAGCGAUGAACUCGAUGCAGCUUGGGCAGUAUUUACGCCGUUACUGAAAGAACUAGAGCAGAGGAAGGUUCAACCAGAGCUCUACACAUGUGGCAGUGAAGGACCGGUUGGCGUACAUUAUCUCGCUGCGAGGCACAAUAUCCGCUGUGCAGACUUUGGCUAUUAAUCUUGAGCAGAAGAUGAUUGAAUCAGUAACGGUUCUGCUCGGGCAAUUAUCCCAAGUCUAUGUUUUUUCAUGGUGUUUCACGCUUUGUAUGUUGUUGUAACUUGUAAUUUGAUCCGCGUGCGCCGACACCUCGAAUUUCCAUCUGUAGUUUCUGUGCAUAAUCUGGACAUAUUUUACCAAAUCAAACUUGUAAAGUUAGUCGAUAAAUGUAUACGAAGCCAGCAAGCAGCAGAUUAUCAGA